AUGAUUGUAGGCCCCAUACAAUUAAUUAUAGGAUUUGCUCUUCAAAGUCCUGUACUUAUCUGGCGGGAUUUACAUGGAGCAAUAUGGACUAUAAGUAUUUCCUAUGGAUUUCCUCUUUUGGCUUUAUUAUUUAUAUAUAUUCGUAUAACAAUAUUUCUUUAUCGUCAAUCAACUGUUCAAACACUUAUAAUACAACGUCGACAACAACGUGAUUUACUUGUUAUUAAACGAAUUGGAAUUACUGUUAGUAUGUUGAUUAUUUUUGGAUUGCCGAAUUUGGUAUUUUUAAUACUAACAUCGAUGACAGAUGUUGAAUAUGCACUUACUUAUCGUAUUCAAUGGUUUAUUGGUAGUUUAUCCAUGACAGGAUUAAGCAUAACAAAUGUGGUUUUGACACCUCAAUUAAAAAGGAUUGUAAUGAACAGAUGGAAAAGAAAUCGAGUAGGAAUUCAAAAUACAAAUACAACUCCACAGAGAAUUGUUGCUACUGGUCAACAAACUACUCAAUGUUUCCAACCAAGAUAUUGA